GCUGUAUUUGUAUCGAUAAACAUAGUAUGCCAAAAAUAAAUAGUUCAUAAAAUGGACGAAUUGCUAAAUGUUAAAAUAAAAAGUGAAAAUGGGAGCCAGAUGGACGACAAACCGAGUACCCCGCUUCAACAGCUCGACGAGAACGAAGAUACGCCGCUGCGCGAUGAUGUGAACGCUUCCCCAGACCCCCCCGGCUUCUUGGCCACUGGCAAUGGGCAUGGAUGGGAAAGCGACGACGACGAUGUAGGGAUCCCAUCCAUUCCUCGCACUCCACGUAGUGAGCUUACAGUGCCAAAUAGUCCAACUAUCGCCAUCAAAACAGAGCCGGAGACUCCAGUUCUCAAGACAGAACGGGAUGCUGCUGCAGGCAACGCUGAACCUGAUACAUCAUUCCUGGACAAGCUAUUCGAUGAUUUAGACGAGAUUAAAGCUAGCUUGGUUGGUAUUCCGAGUGUUUUCAGCAAAAGGGAGGAUAUGAACGACAUGGACUUGGAACCGCCCCAAGCAGUUGUGAAGGUUGAGGAGCCUGAAUGUACAGAAACCCUGGAGGAACUUGAAGCGAUCCGCAAAGCGCGUGAGAAGGAGUUGCAAGAGUUAGAAGAUAAACACGAGGCGGAAGAUACGCAUACGAAGAAGAAGAGGAAGAGAAACCGCAAGAGGGAUUACUAUGGAAACAUUUCGAUCGAUGAUAAUCAAAAAGAAAAUAAGCAAACCUCACAGGACAGUAAACUGACAAGCGAAGACCACCAAUGGGACAAUAGGCGCCAGCGCGCAGCGCGCCACCACGAGAACAGUCAAAGCUACAAAAUACGUCACCACGAGGAUAACCAAAGAGAUAACCGCACACGCGAGGAUAAUCAAAGGGACAGUAGACGCGAUUAUGAAGCUAAAUACAGCGACAAUAGAGGCCACCGUGAGCAUAGUCAAAGGGACCGUAAACGCCGAAGCGAGGAACAUCAAAGGGACAGUAAGCGCCCCCGCGAAGAUUAUCAAAGAGACAAUAGACGCUCACGCGAAGCUAACGAGACUGAAUUUCAAGGCCAUCGUGAUGCCACGAUAAGAGUAACUGCAUCUAAUGGCAUGCCGCGGAUUGCCGUCAUCAAAUUGGAGCCGAUGGCCACUGCAGAUUCGGCUGAGGAGUGGAUCUAUGUUCGAGACGACGAGAGACAGAUCAAAGUUGUGAAUCCAGAUAAGUUGUUCCAGCCAGAGCAGGGUGAGGGCGUUGCGGCGGCGGCAGUGAAACCAGAGCCAGCACCAGAGACGCUGACAAAACGAGAAAAGAUCAACUUGGCCGUAGGCCGGGCCAAGAAAGUGCUCGAGCUCUACGAGCGAAAGAAAACAAACGUCCAGGAAGACGAGUUCCUUAUGGUGAACACCAUACACAAAGUGCCCAAAAGCAACUCCUUUAUGACACAAGAGGAGUUCGAGAAUCCCUCGCCGAUAUGCAAUAACCAAAAUGUGAUAUAUGAGUUCAAUUCGACGCCAGGAACACGGAUUGAUUUGGCUAAAUGGGGAUUGGAAACUGUGCCCAAUAGCACCAGGGAAUUGCUCCGGCUGCUGUCCUUCGAUGUGGAUCAUCUGAAACAGGAUCGGCUCAAGGCACAGCCCAGCCAGCGCAUUCUCAAGCUGAAACAGGAGCAGCUCUUCAAUGCACCAUCCGAGCCGGAGGAAUGCGACCCAGCGUCCCUUCUAAGAACUACCUCAACCCAAACAGACCGCAGGACACACACGGAAAGCGUUGGCACUCAGGUCAAUCUACAGGGCCAGUCAACAGGGGUCUACUGGCAGGAUCCCGACAUUGACAAGACCUUGUUGACGACGGACCAACAAAAUUUGACACUUACUCUUCAAAAGAUCACUCGCAACCUGCCAUCUCCCGCAUUGGCUGAGAAAAUGCUGAUUGUGCUUCAAUCUGUUCUGCAUAUACAACGCGAAUUUUACCAACGCUAAAUUAAGCAAUGAUUCUCAUUUCAUUCUUUGUAUAAUUCGAAAUUCGUACAUAGAGAAACCAAAAAUAUAUUUAACAUCGAAGUGCCUACUCUUACUGGA